GUCGCUCUUUUGAUUAUCCAUAAUACAUAACGAGAUAUAUCCGUUGACGUAUUGAGCCUCGUCGGAGCUCUAUUUUUCUCGGGCUCAAUAUGGCUUCUAAACGCAAAGUCGAUGAUUUUAUCUAUACCUUAUCCGAUAACGAAGAACUCCCUAACGAAGAGGAAGAGAUCCCCGAACCGAAUCCGCCGAAGAAAAAAGCAAAGAAGAAUAAGAAAUCUGCUCGAGUAGACGAAGACGAAGAGAAUGGCGUUUGGGGUAAGAAAGAUGAAGAUGAUGGGGCUAUGGAUUCGGACUUUGAGUUCGCAGAAGACAAUACCACAGACUUCAGGGCGGAAGACUUCGAAGGUUGGGGUUUCGACGGCGCGAAAAAGGGUGUGAACGGGGCCACAAGGAGAGUUGUCGACGUCGAUGAAAUCGUACGAAGGAGGAGGGGUACACAUGGGGGAGAUGACGCUGCUGAGUCUCAGGCGAAUGGGAAGGGGCAGGUGAACGCCGACAAUGUUAGCGAAGAAGCCGAAGAUAUCGAACUCGACGAUGAAGAUGACGAAGUUCUAGCCGAAGAUGGUUUUGGGAUGGGUGCCGCAUCGGACGAAGAAUCUGGAGAAAAUAAUGUGUCAGAGGACGAGUCAGAUCAAGAGGAAUUGGCUGAAAACGAUGGUUCCGACAACGACUCCGUCGCAACUCCCGUCGAUCACCCCGACGACGCAUCGGAAUCCAAUGAUAGCGACGAAGAAGAGGACCCAGAAGAAGCUGCCAAGAGAGAAGCUUUCUUUGCGCCCGAGGAAAAGAAGCCAACAGGCAAACAAAAUGGGAAGGCUUCUUUUCAAAAUAUGUCUUUGUCACGACCGAUUCUGCGUGGACUCAAUUCUGUUGGCUUCAAUGAGCCCACCCCGAUUCAAGCGAAAACAAUACCUUUCGCGUUGGAAGGCAAGGAUCUCGUCGGCGGUGCCGUGACUGGAUCUGGAAAAACUGCUGCUUUUGUUGUUCCUAUUCUUGAGCGUCUUCUAUAUCGACCUAACAAAAUCCCCACGAGCCGUGUUGUCAUCUUAACACCUACACGAGAACUUGCCAUCCAGUGCCACGCAGUCGCGACGAAGCUUGCUAGCCAUACAGAUAUAAAAUUCUGUUUGGCUGUAGGAGGAUUGAGCUUGAAAGUUCAGGAGGCGGAAUUACGUCUUAGGCCGGAUGUUAUCAUUGCAACGCCCGGCCGAUUUAUUGAUCAUAUGCGAAAUUCGGCAAGCUUCUCAACCGACACGGUGGAAAUUCUGGUUCUCGAUGAGGCCGACCGAAUGCUUGAGGAUGGUUUCGCCGACGAAUUGAACGAAAUUCUCACCACAUUGCCUAAAUCACGACAAACCAUGCUUUUCUCUGCUACUAUGACUUCUUCUGUGGACCGACUUAUUCGGGCGGGCCUUAAUAAACCGGUGCGACUGAUGGUGGAUUCCCAAAGGAAAACCGUCGACAAGCUAGAACAGAAGUUCGUCAGGUUAAGACCAGGCCGAGAAGAAAAGAGAAUGGGAUAUCUCAUCUACAUCUGUAAAACGAUGCAUACCGAGCGAGUUAUCAUAUUCUUUAGGCAGAAGAAGGAGGCGCACCGUGCUCGUAUCAUUUUCGCUCUAUUCAACCUUUCUUGCGCCGAACUGCACGGAAGCAUGAAUCAAGCUCAACGUAUAUCGAGCGUUGAGUCUUUUAGAGAUGGCAAAGUUUCAUUUUUACUUGCCACCGACUUAGCUUCUCGAGGUCUCGAUAUCAAGGGAGUCGAUACGGUUAUCAAUUACGAAGGUCCACAAACCCUUGAGAUCUACGUACAUCGUGUGGGUCGAACCGCGCGAGCUGGGCGUUCAGGUGUGGCGAUUACGCUUGCUGCAGAACCUGAUCGCAAAGUGGUCAAAGCAGCAGUCAAGGCAGGCAAAGCACAGGGAGCCAAGAUUAGCAGUCUCAUUAUCGAUCCCUCCGAGGCGGAUCAAUGGCAAAAUAAGAUUGAUGAGAUGGCGGAUGAGAUCGAGGCCAUUGCCCGGGAGGAGAAAGAAGAGAAACAAUUGGCACAAGUCGAGAUGCAAAUCAAGAAGGGAGAAAAUAUGGUUGUUCAUGAAGACGAGAUUAAGUCACGACCUAAGCGGACUUGGUUCGAAACGCAACAUGACAAGAAGAAGGCCAAGGAUGCCGGUAGGGCAGAGCUGAAUGGAUUGAAGGAAUCAUUAAAAAAGAAGGGGAAUGGAAAACUGAGCAACAAGGACAAGAAAAAACUAGAUGCGAAAUCAGUAAGAACGGAAGGUAUGUGGAAGAAGAGCUCAGCUGAGAGGGCGGGUAAAGGUGCUGUUCUGAAUUUUAAGAACGAUAAGAAAAAGAAGCCUCGGAAUGCUGGGAAACCAAAGAGAAGAUAGACGAGGUAACGCAUAAUAAUAUUGACACAAAACUUCUAGCCUUCUAGAAAUUCUCUAAGUUAACCACACGAUGGCAACA